AUGGAGGAUAUCAAUAGAAGACACAAGGAGUACAUGGAACGGAGGGCCAAGCAAGACAAUGAGAUCAUGAGGUAUGAAGCAAAAGCCAUCAAAGACAUUGUUGAUAAAGUUCACGACAGAUUGUAUCCCUUAAUAUUAGAUGUUGAUGAAGACCUGGUUGGGAUGACGCCCCGCAUACAAGUUUUGAAAUCUCUAUUGGAAAUAGGGUCAGGUGCCGUGCGAAUGGUCGGGAUAUGGGGGGUUGGGGGUGGUGGUAAGACUACUCUUGCAACUUCGGUUUGUAUGGAAAUCUCUCCCCAUUUUGAUGGUUAUUACGUUGUUGACAAUAUUCGAGAGGAAGUUAGCAGAUAUGGUCUAAAAAAACUUCAAGAAAAACUUUUAUAUACUGUACUAAAAACUAAGGUGAAAGUACAGAGUGUCGCACAAGGAAAACACAUGAUCAAAAGCAUAUUAUGUCAUAGGAAUGUGUUAAUACUUCUUGAUGAUGUUGAUGGUCUUGACCAACUACAGGCUUUAGCCGGAUCAUUUAAAUGGUUUGGUGAUGGGAGUCGAGUAAUAAUCACAACUAGAGAUGAACAUUUGCUAAGAACUCACAGGGUAAACCAUGUAUCUCACGUUACAUUAUUAUCAGUUGAAGAGUCUAUCCAGCUAUUUUAUACGCACGCAUAUAAUGAAACAGAGCCUCUAGCAGAUUAUGAGGAACUUUCGUUGCGUGUGGUUUCUUAUGCUGCUGGGCUCCCGUUAGCACUCAAAGUUUUAGGAUCUUUUCUAUUUGAUAAAGAUGGGAAUGAGUGGAGAAGUGCCUUGGCGAAGUUGCAAGACAUCCCUGAUGUCAAGAUCAUGAACAUACUCAAAAUAAGUUAUGAUGGACUUGAAGACUACCAGAAGCGGUUAUUCUUGCAUAUUGCUUGUUUCUUCAGGUGGGAAAGCAUAGAUAAUGUAAUGGGGAUGCUUGAAGCGAGUGGAUCUCACCCUGUCAUAGGGAUAAGGGUGUUGAGACAAAAAGCUCUCAUAAGUAUUGCCGAUGGUAGAUUUGAUAUGCAUGAUCUUGUUCAAGAAAUGGGACACUUCAUUGUUAGGGAGGAACAUCCUAACAAUCUUGAAAAACAUAGUAGAUUUCGGAAGUAUAAAGAUUUCUGUAACAUGUGCUUUGGAGGUGCAUCAUUGCUAAAGAAAAAUGACAAGGUUGAAGCGAUGCAAAAUGGUUGUUGUUCUCAUUACCAAUCAUCAUGCUUCUCUAAGAUUAUUUCGUGUAAGAAGAAGCUAAGGUCAGCUAGCAUGAGUAAAUACGAUAACACUAAUAUGAUCAGUAAGUACGAUAACACUAACAUGAGUAAUGACGAUGACACUAGCAUGAGUAAGUACGAUAACACUAACAUGAGUAAGUACGAUAACACUAACAUGAGUAAGUACGAUGACACUAGCAUGAGUGUAUUAUACAUGUCACAGUUUGAUAAUAUUAGGGAGAUCAUUAAGCCAAAGUUUUAG